CCGCCACACCAUCCAUGAAGGAUUAAUAAAAAUUAUUUACUUUGCAUCUCUUUGUAUAUUAUGCAUGUAUGUUAGGUGAUCUUGAGUAUGUUGUGCUCCUAUAGAAGUGGUAAUCAACAUUAAUACAAAUGUUAGAUUUUAUUAAGCUGAAUUUACUUUCCUUCAUUUUCUUUUUAAAAAUCCAAAAUCGUGCUUUAAUAACAGAGACAACCCUCUCUCUCUUUGUUUUGCAGUUAAAGGCUAAGUAAAAUAAUACAGUCAAAAUGGAAAAUGGAAAAGAUCAGAAAAUGCCAUGUGAGAUGAAAACUGAUCUGAAUUUACUACUUGAAUGUCUAAAAUAUCAAAUGGAUCAUCCUACUACUCAGAAAGAGGCAUUGGUUACUAUUUAUUCAGCCUGUCAACAAAACAGUGAUGCAAGCGAUUAUUUUCGAGAAAUAGGUGGUUUGAUGUUUGUAUAUAACCUUGCAAAGUCAAGUGUGCACAGCAUGGUAAAGGAAGCUGCCUUCUUCACAUUAGGAGGUUUAGCCGAGAAUAAUGUAUUCUGCCAACAAGCAUUAUGUACUUCUGGAUCAUUUGAGGACCUUCACAGACACCUAACUAAUAAUGAUUCCAGUGUGAAUUUGAAAAGAAUGUCUGUUUAUUUCUUAAUAGCACUGGUUUCAAAUAACAAGCGUGGGCAGAUGUGUGCGAAAGAGUCUGGUUGCCUUAAUGCUCUGCUUCAAUUAUUCAGAACAAGUCUUUCAGUAUGUGAUCUGAACCUUUUGGAUCAAAAAAUUAACGAAUAUCAUCUGUGGUCUUCAAUUUGCAGUGCUCUCUGUGCAAGUGUAAAUAAUCCCCAGAAUGAGGAGAAUCAGAAAUUUUGCAGUUCGGUAUUUCCUCAUGCAAAAGACUGGCUGCAAAGUAGCAUAACGCCUGAGAUAGUUCGCCCAGUAUGUUCAUUCAUUGGGCUCACAGUUGCAAAUAAUUCAAGAAUGCAGCAAUUUUUUGUUUCUGUUGGUGGAUUAGCUGUUUUGGAUGAGCUUCUUGUGAAAUUGAGACAGAAUUCAGUUGCAAGCACAAAACUUGCCAUAGUGGUGACAAAAACGAUUGAUGCCUGUAUUGCCGAUAACCUUGCAGUUGGAAUUAACCUGCCAAGGUAUAAUAUUGUGCCAAAUCUCCUAACACUGCUUUCUUACAAACAUCUGGAUCCGGGAGAAAAAAAUAGUAUUAUACUUACCCUUGGACACUGUACAUAUGGCUGCGAGGAAAAUCAAUUUGCUCUGGUCAAGAACAAUGGCCUUCCACUUAUGAUUCAGGCACUAACUGAAUCGCAGGAUGAAGAACUAAAUAAGGCUGUCACCUUUGUGCUGCAAAAUUGCAAGCAGAUCACUGAGAAGUUGUCACUGAAGUUAGGAAAACAUUCAUUAAAACUGGAUGAUGCAGAACAGUUGAAGGUUGAUUGGCAGAACAAAGAGAUGAUCCUUGAAGACUACUGGGACAAAGCCAAAGAAAUUUUAUAUAGAAUCGAAGGACUUGAAAAUGACCGACAACAGAAAAAAGUGAGAAGACAAAUAUUAAUUGAUUAUAUUCCCAAAGAAGUGAUCCUGCAGACUACCCCUAUGCAUCUUAAAGAAAAUGCAAGCAAGCCAAAUUCAAGUGACAUAACAUAUACAGAAGUGAACCAACAAUUACUAGAUUCUAUGUCUACUAAACUGAUUGCUACUAAAUUUGUAAAAGACUAUUCAAAGAAUGAAUUACUAAAGCCUGCCAAUAGGAAUCCAAUUGAUGCUUCAGUGAGUCGAAAUGAACUUAAUCUUCAUGCAGCUGAUAAAAUGAGGACACCCAACAUAAGCUAUCAACAUAAACAUAUUACAGAUAAAAACACUGUCUGUGAAUCUAGCAAGUCUGAAGUACAAGUAAGGUACUGUAUCUAUGAUCCUACAUACAAUUUUAAAUUGAUACUUUUAAAUCCUGAUUAUCCAUUAUGUUCAAGAACAACAAGCAGGAGGAUAAACUGUAAUCUGGCUGCUUCUAAAAUAGCAGAGUUGCAGUGCACAGGUUGUAUAACAGUAGGCAUUCCCUUAAACAGCCGAAAUUGUAGCAAGAUUUUGCAGUCUUGUAAAUAUCUAUGUGAACAACACAAAGUUACUCUAGAAACUGAACUGAAAUAUAAAAGGAAGAUAAAAAGAUCUAUUAUCUCUAGCAGGAAUACUUCUACAGAGUAUAAUGCAGAUCUUCAAACAAAACAGGACGCAUAUUCAAAGAAACAAAUAAUCCAACAGAAACACAGGCUUAAACACCAGGAUCUGAAUGAAGAUCAUGCUUUCUCAUUUAAAGAUGGGAAAACUGAUAUUCAUCUGCAAGAUAUACCUGCAGCAACUUUUGAAAACAGCAAACGGAGAACUAGGAAAAAUUUUACAUCAGAAGAAAUAAGAUUUCUUUUGGAUGGUGUAAAGAAAAUGGGCCAUCAUUGGAAUUUAAUUUUAUGGACUUACCCGUUUCAGAAGGGAAGGACAAAUGUUGACCUUGCUAAGAAAUACUACCACUUACAGAAAAAUAAAAACAAGAAAAACAUAUGACAUCUUAUAAGUUACGUGCAUUCUGUCAAGGAAACAGGAUCAUCAUACAAGUUGGCUCUUUUUUGUUUGUUUAAAAUGUAAUAAUU